GGCACUGGCGCCGGCGACCGCGAUCCCCUGCCCCCCGGCUGGGAGAUCAAGAUCGACCCGCAGACGGGCUGGCCCUUCUUCGUGGACCACAACAGCCGCACCACGACGUGGAACGACCCUCGCGUGCCCCCCGAGGGCCCUAAGGAAACUUCUUCCUCUGCCAAUGGCCCUUCCCGGGAGGGCUGCAGGCUGCUGCCCACUAGGGAAGGCCACCCUGUGUACCCGCAACUGCGACCAGGCUACAUUCCCAUUCCUGUCCUCCACGAGGGUGUGGAGAACCGGCAGCCACACCUUUUCCAUGCCCAUCCUCAGCUUGGGACGCAGCGAUUUCGGACCGAGGCGGCAGCGACUCCUCAGAGGUCCCAGUCACCUUUGCGGGGUAUGCCAGAAGCCACUCAGCCAGAUAAACAGUGUGGACAGGUGGCAGCAGCUGCGGCAGCCCAGCCCCCAGCCUCCCACGGACCUGAGCGGUCCCAGUCUCCAGCCGCCUCUGACUGCUCAUCCUCGUCUUCCUCGGCCAGCCUGCCCUCCUCCACCAGGAGCAGCCUGGGCAGUCACCAGCUGCCCCGGGGCUACAUCCCCAUCCCUGUGAUACACGAGCAGAAUGUCGCCCGGCCAGCAGCCCAGCCCUCCUUCCACCAAGCCCAGAAGACCCACUACCCAGCUCAGCAGAGUGAAUACCAGACCCACCAGCCUGUGUACCACAAGAUUCAGGGGGAUGACUGGGAGCCCCGGACCCUGCGGGCUGCAUCCCCAUUCAGGUCACCCGUCCGGGGUGCGUCAAGCAGGGAGGGCUCUCCAGCCAGAAGCAGCGCACCGGCGCCCUCUCCGUCACCCAUCCGAGUGCACACCAUGGUCGACCGGCCUCAGCAGCCCAUGACCCAUCGAGAAUCUCCACCUGCAUCCCAACCUGAAAACAAACCAGAAAGUAAGCCAGGCCCAGCUGGACCAGACGUUACUCCUGGACACAUCCCAAUUCAAGUGAUCCGCAAGGAGGCAGAUUCUAAACCUGUUGCCCAGAAGCCACCCCCUCCUUCUGAGAAGGUGGAAGUAAAGGUGCCCUCUCCUCCAGUUCCUUGUCCUUCUCCCAGUCCUGCCCCUUCUGCUGUCCCCUCUUCUCCCAAGAAUGUGGCUGCAGAAGAGAGGGUAGCCCCCAGCCCUGCCCCUGUGGAAACUACUGCCCCCAAACCAGGAGAAGCAGAAGCUCCCCCAAAGCACCCAGGUGUGCUGAAAGUGGAAGCCAUCCUGGAGAAGGUGCAAGGGCUGGAGCAGGCUGUGGACAACUUCGAAGGCAAGAAGACUGACAAAAAGUACCUGAUGAUCGAAGAAUAUUUGACCAAAGAGCUGCUGGCCCUAGAUUCAGUGGACCCUGAAGGACGAGCCGAUGUCCGCCAGGCCAGGAGAGAUGGGGUCAGGAAGGUUCAGACCAUCUUGGAGAAACUUGAGCAGAAAGCAAUCGAUGUCCCAGGUCAAGUCCAGGUUUAUGAACUCCAGCCCAGCAGCCUGGAGACAGAUCCACCACUUCAGGCCAUCAUGGAGCUGGGUGCCAUGGCAGCAGACAAGAAAAGUGCUGGAAACGCAGAUCCCCAGACGGAGACGCAGCAGCCGGCAGCCAAAGAGGCAGCAGCUCCAAACCCUAGCAGCACAACAGAUGCAGCUGGUAACCCAGCAGCACCGUAGUCUCCACUCAGUAAACUUCAGGAGACUUGGAACUGAUUGUGUGCAUUAGGGAUUUUAAGUUGCAUGCAUUUCAGGGACUUUCAGUCAGUUGGUUUUUCUUAUUCAUAGCCGCUUGGUACGCAAUAACUUGGGUGGAGGCAAAACACACUAAUUAGAGGGCUAAACAGAAAAUGAUGCUUUCUUCUGUAUUCUUAUUCUGUAUAAAUAAAGAAGUUGUUGUUCAGAAGUUUAACCCCAUUGCUUGUUGAUUGGGGGCCCUCUCUGGACGGGCACCAUGCGUUAGUUGUGAUUGUGAGCCGUCUUCCUACAGCUCUGGGCUGAAGGAGUCGUGGGGGAUCGAUGAGUCAAUUUCCCAUCACAUAAAUAUAGGAAACCCGUUUCUCAGAAAUGUUGCCAUUUAAUGGGAUGAUUUUCUUCAUCUCGUAGUUAAAAUAUGUAACUUUAGAUAGAAUAAAAUGUGUAAGGAGCCAUGUGUAAGGAAUAUCUGUAUGUUGGAUGGCUUUAAUGCUACAUUUAAAAAGAAAAGAAAAAUAAAGUUAAAUAUAACUAAAA